GCUGCUGCCCAAACACAAACUCCUCCGCAGGCCUGCAGAGGCAUCUCACGUUGAUGACAUCAUCACACCGCAGGACAAGCAGCAGUCUCCACGGUCCGAGCAGCAGGAUCCACAUCAGUCCACUUCUGAACCCAAAACAGACCAGAGACCAGUUAGUGAGGAGGGCCAGGUUAAACCUCUACACAUCGUCUGGCCUCACAGGUGAGAUCUUCUCGGAGGCCAGACGUCAGCUGGACACUCACAUCCUGAACUGGGGCUUCCUGUCCAGUAAGGAGGACUACCUGAGGGUGCUGAGUCAGGCCGACGUGGUCGUCUCCACCGCCAAACACGAGUUCUUCGGAGUCGCCAUGUUAGAAGCUGUCCACUGUGGCUGUUAUCCUCUGUGUCCGAAGGCUUUAGUGUAUCCUGAAAUAUUCCCAGCAGAGUACCUGUACUCCACACCUGAGCAGCUCUGUAAGCGGCUGCAGGCGCUCUGCAGGAGGCCCGACGUCGCUCGCAGACACGUCGUCAAGGUCGACACCUCCUCUUUCUCCUGGAUGUCUCUUAAGGAGCGUUUCGAAACUCUGCUGGCAGCGCAGAGUUCCUGAACGCACCACGGAGCUCUAGUCCAUUAGCGCCGCCGUCGUUGCGUCUGCCAGGCCAGCGUCACGCCCGACUCGACGCCACGUCCCGCAGAAAGUGGCAGUGACUUCCAGCCUGUCUUAGGCACCUCUAAGCCCAAAUCAAAGGCGGGCUGGAGACGCCGAGUCUGGACCCGUAAACGUCCCCGUCCUCCCGGCUGGAAGAGAACUUUCUUUUAUGUGUGUGGUUUUGGGCGGAGGGGGGGUUAACAUGUAAAAGCUUUCAUGUUUCCACAGGCGGUGCCACCUCCAGGAUCCGCCGGGAUCCGUUUUUAUCCUUUGUGCCGCCGAGUUCUGUUGUUCAACCACAGAGACUGAGAGGCAGCCAGCCCGCGGUCUGUAUGCAGCCCCACCUGAGCUGCCAGGACCAGGACUAAAGUGGAUCUGCAGACGCUGCGUACCCACUGAGACCACAUCACUGUAAAAAACCUGAGGCCACAUCAACACUGUAAAAAACCAGAAUGGAUUCAGCAGUUUAUUAAAAAUAAAAGUGUUUAUGAGA